AACAGAAGAGUGAAAAAAGAAAAGGUUUAUUUUUAAAGAAAGAAGAAAAAUAUUUUCUGCUUUCAAUUGAUUUUCUUAUUAAAGCAAGAAAUUCCAAAAUAUACUAAUUUUUUUAGGUGCAAUUAAUUAGUUUACUAAAAGAAGAUGGUGUUUGAAUGCGUUGAACUCAAUUUGUUGUUGGAACAAACAAACCAUGAAGCUGACUUGAACUAAAAAUGAGACAGAAUCCACUGUGUUUUCUCACCGUUGUAACUCAAUUCUCUCCUUUCUUUGUGUCAUGCCAUGUCUUCUUUCUUCCCUUCCUUUGAUUAAAUUUGGGAGCCUGUGAUUCCAAAAUGACCCCACCCCACUUAGUGUUAUGAUAACUUGGAACCUUUUGCACGCAAGAAUAAGCUGUGCACACGCAACACUGCUAUUAUUUCUUCAUUUUUUCUUAUUGGUCAAAGCAAUUGUGCCUGAGAACCCUGAAUAUUCAAGCUGUGAUAUGGGUUACCUCAAUUCAGUUUUGUCCUCUUCAAGCCAGGUUCAUGCUGCUGAAGAUUCACCUGUCAGUGGCGGAGGCCUCAGUCAGAAUGGCAAAUUCAGCUAUGGGUAUGCUAGCUCCCCUGGCAAGAGAUCUUCAAUGGAAGAUUUUUAUGAGACACGAAUCGAUGGUGUUGAUGGUGAAAUUGUUGGCCUUUUUGGAGUUUUUGAUGGCCAUGGUGGUGCUCGUGCUGCUGAGUAUGUCAAGCAAAAUCUAUUUAGUAAUUUGAUCAGGCACCCAAAAUUCAUUUCUGACACCAAAUCUGCAAUAGCUGAUGCAUAUAAUCAUACCGACACUGAGUUUCUGAAGUCUGAAAAUAAUCAAAACAGAGAUGCUGGAUCAACUGCUUCCACUGCCAUUCUUGUUGGUGACCGUUUGCUUGUUGCAAAUGUUGGGGACUCCAGAGCUGUUAUUUGCAGGGGUGGAAAUGCCAUUGCUGUUUCUCGAGAUCAUAAGCCAGACCAAACUGAUGAGAGGCAAAGGAUUGAAGAUGCAGGAGGCUUUGUUAUGUGGGCUGGAACUUGGAGAGUUGGUGGUGUUCUUGCUGUUUCUCGUGCAUUUGGUGAUAGACUCCUGAAGCAGUAUGUUGUUGCUGAUCCAGAAAUCCAGGAAGAAAAAGUUGAUAGCUCUCUCGAGUUUCUUAUAUUGGCCAGUGAUGGGCUAUGGGAUGUUGUCUCAAACGAGGAAGCUGUUGCUAUGACUAAACCAAUUGAAGAUGCAGAAGAGGCAGCAAAGAGGCUGAUGCAAGAAGCAUAUCAGAGAGGUAGUUCUGACAACAUUACAUGCGUUGUUGUUCGUUUCUUGAUGAACCAAGGUGCUUCUUCUCGUAGUAACUCUGGCUAAGAGUCCUUCAUUAGAAGGGUAGCACAUAGCUGGUGGAUGAUCACUGAAACAAAAAAGAUUGGGUGUGGCAAAAUCAGUUUAUUAUAGUUGGUCAUAGGUAUUCCUUGUAGCUGUGUACCAUGCAAGAAUAGAAGUCAAAUUUAAACUCACUAUGGUCCUCUAGCAUAGAGCUGUUCACACCAUCUCACUUCCUUAAUUGUUUCCUAUUUAUAGUUAGGAAAAAUUGUUGUGCAAAGAGUUUGCAGUGUUUUUAAUUGCUCACACAUGAUGUUUGUAAAUGGGGUGUUGAUCUUAUCAAACCCUUCCUUCCCAAACAAGAUACUCAUGUGCUUUGUUGAAGUACCCCCUUUCAUUGUCCAUUCGAUUUUUAGUGUUAGUCCCGUCCCAUGUAACGGUUACCCUCUUUUCUACUUGAAUUAUGGCUUGUUUCAAGUGUAAUAAUAUAAAUCUAAUAAGAAACAUUUUUUUUUUCUUGUG